AUGACGCCAAGCUCACGAUCUACUUUCCUUUCACAGCGGUUGGGUCUUAUUUUCUCAGUGAUGCUGCUUCCAGGAACGACGACAUGUAUACGAGGUUUCACACCACACGUGACCAAGUUUUCCCACUGCCGAUCCUUUCAUUCGACGACGACUCGUUUUCUAAACCGAUUCUUGUUUGACAAUCUAGAAACCAAGAGUGACGAUGCUUUCAAUACAACCAAUACCUCGGAGACUGUUCCAAGAGUCAUAUUGGCAAAGGAUGAUUACCGGACUGUUCAUGCUGCCAAGACACUAGGACUUUCAAAUGGCGACAAAAUACGAGCUGGUGUUGUCAGCUGUGGGGAGCACGAUGGACUAUGGACUGAUGAUGCAACAAUUGAAUGGAUUCCAGAAGGAAAAGUGAAGAAACCAGAGGUUCAAAAGAACGGCAACCCACCAGGAUCGCUUUCCAUUCAACUCGACAACUUGCUUCCACCCGAUGCUCCAUCAGAUCAGAUAUUAGUCAGCCUACUUUUGGCACUUCCACGGCCACUUCAAUUAGGUCGAAUGUUGCCGAUGAUUUCUCAAAUGGGGGUUGACCAGCUUAUCUUGACGUCUGCGGAUAAGGUUCCAAAGGACUACUUUGGCUCUCACUUGUUUCGAAAACCAGAAAAAUUGCAAGAACUGAUGAUUGAAGGUCUAUGUCAAGCAGGAGAUGUCCGACUUCCGAAACUCAAGAUCAUUCGCAACCUACGACGGUUCUUGGACGAAGACUUGGAAGAAGUUUUUCCUGCAGCCGAAUAUGCCCGAGUAAUUGCACACCCAAAGAGAGCUAGCGACACGAAAGAUCCGUUACGGAUGGGCCAAGUCAAGUUUCCAGUAAACUCUCCCCCACGAAUGGUGGUAGCAGUAGGACCUGAAGGAGGCUGGACGGAGCCAAAUGAAUUGGAUUUGUUUCAAAAGCAUGGAUUCCAACAGUGUACUUUGGGGACUCGAACACUACGAAGUGAUUGUGCCGUUGUGAGUCUGUUGGGGUUGGCUCAUGAGGCUUGCUAUCAACAAGGUCAAGGCUCAUAA